ACCUUUGUCACUCAGAAUAUCAGAUAGAGUUCAUGGUCUCAAAGUUCGCGCAUAACUUUGAAAAAAGUUUAUGAAAAUUUCGCAAAAAUCAUUUGAAAUGAAUAGAAAGUUGAUUUAAAUUUAAUUAAGGUCUCCCUAAAAACACAUUUUCAAAGUCUUUGUUAUUUUCUCAAAAUAAACCAAAUUGGAAGAAAUAGCUGAUCAGUGAUUUUGUUAAUUUUCCAAUAAGACUCUGGAAUCUAUUCCAACAGAAAGCACACAUUUGGUAAUUACGAUACCAUUUUCAAGUGUCAUACAGAUCUCGGUCUAUGCAAAAACUAGGUACGAUUGAAGAUACAUAAAAUACAUUUUCUUGUAAAGAGAAAAUGAGAAAAGGCUUUCAACUCUACCAAUGAGACAAAUUGGUUUUUUUUUUAAUUGUCUAGAAUCCACUUUGUUCCAGAGCUCCCAGAGUUAGCUUACUUCCAUGCACAAUUUAUUCUUGCCUUUGGUUAUAAUGUUAAUGUUUAAAUUUAUCUUUUUUUUGUCUAGGUCAUCCCACCCAGCCCGCCCCAACGUUCAUGUGUAUGGUGAUUCACUGUUGCGCGAUAUAAAGUUGGAUAUUGAUGACAUUAACUUUUCUGUAUACUGUCAACCUGGUGCAACUGUUGAGAGACUGACUCAGUUCAUAAAAAACAAUGUAAAUACUGGUAUAUGUAAAUGUGUAGCAGAUGUUGAGAUCGUCAUCCUUCAUGUAGGAACGAACAAUUUGAACUUUGAUGUCUGGGAUUGGAUCGAAAAGAAGUAUAAACAUUUGUAUUCUACUGUUCGAGAAUUGUAUCCAUGUGCAACAAUCAUCUUUAGUGGGAUUGCUCCUCGGUGGGACAGGCAGGACUUAUAUGAAGCCAGUGUUUUUUUUAAUUUGAAACUGAACAAUUUCACGGCUCGUACACAAUUAUGUGAGUUCAUUGAAUCACCAGACUGCUUCUCAAUUGAUGACAGAUGUCAUAGAUGGGACGGUUUACAUCUUACAUCGAGAGGAAAAACAUUAUUAGCUGAAGCUUUCGUGAAGAAGGUUAGGAAAGUUAUAUUUCCAUGUCAACCUACAUCCUAUAUUCCGAAGGAACUAAAACGUUUGUAUACACCCAAGAGAAAGAGAAGGAAAAGUGACGGUGAAGAGCAGAAAGAGUUAAACAAUUAUAAAGGCGAGGAGAAAAAACAACAUCAAGAAUGGAAGUUACAGGAAAGAUUGAAAAAGAAGACGCAUUGCUGUAAUAAAAAAAAAUGGAGUGUCGACUGGGAUGAGAAUGUCAUCCCCAGGAGAAGGGCUAGACCACCUACGCCACCAGUGUUGCCACCAGACCGGCAUAUCCCAGAAAUGAGAUGUAACAUGCUCAUCCCAUAUGAACAUGUUGCUAAGCACAAGGAAACACAAGGGUUUAGCUCAGUGCCGAGUGUAAAGCUACCUCAACCUACCAGCCGCUAUGUGGGACGUAAGAAAAAAGGGAAGGCAAAGCGUAGGCGAGACAGAGCCACCAAGAAAAGGAAGAAGAGAAAGAAGAGAACAAAUCCGUGGAACGUUGUGUGUUCAACAGACUCACUCUUUUCAGUCACCCCUCCAUCGACUUCAGAGAAACUUACAGCUCAUCAAUCACCACAUGUCAGCUCUACUGCCCAUGUCCACACACCUUUCUUGCAGUACAUUAGCUGCUCUGAUGACCCAGACGGUCCAGUCCUUUCUUCAAAUAUGCAACUAGACUCUGAAAUUCUCCACCUGCAAGCUCGGUUUGUAAUCAUAUUAGUCUGUGUUUUGAUUCAGCAGCUGGGGUGAGG